AUGUUGUUUUGCAGAAGCUACUACAUAUGCACGUAUCCUCACAUGCAAAACUGUUGGGCAACAAAACAAGUGCAGAGGUCAUAUGAUGAUCCAACUGUAUUCGAUAUCACAUACCGAGGCUCCCAUAAUUGUCAUCACGCUACUUAUUCUGCACCACAACCAACAUCGCCAGAGAAACAAGAAUUCAAGAACCAAGCCGUUUAUCAAACAGGGCAGCAAUAUUCAAACCAAGUGUUGAUGAAUUUGAGAGCAAACCUGAGAGUCAAUACUAAUGACUUGGACAAGAAUGAGCCAGCAGCAUGUCAUUUCUCCUUUCCUCCAACAUUUUCUUCUGGUUUGACAGAUGAUAAUCAGCAUUUUCAGAUUUCCCAUGUUGGUGACAAUCUGAUAGGUAGCGGCUAUUCACCGUCUUUUGUCUCUCCUACGACCCCUGAAUCAAACUACUUUUCAGUCUCAAGCAGCUGCCAGAUGAAUGGUUACGGAAUGGUUCAUAACUUGCACCAUUCGGAAUCAAACCUCACCGAUAUAUUCUCAGCCAACACUUCCACAACGAGUUCUCCAAUUGUGGGCGAUUUUUCACUUGACCAUUUGGAGCUAGAUCCAAACUUCUCAUUCGAUAACCCCAAAUUUUUCUCAUGAACCUAUAUAUGGUAAUACCCU